CAGGGGAAAGACUCAGACGCUGCCUGAAGGUGAAGGAGAGUAAGGAUGUGAGCGCAGCCUGUGGCUCUGGGGCAGACCCGUUUUGCUCUGACCAACUUUACGGGCAAGCCGUGACACCCGAAGCAUCUCCGGGGAUUGCGGUGACACCCGAAGCAUCUCCCGGGAUUAGAGGUGGGCGUGGAUCUGGGUGAAGCCCACAGUUCUAAUUAUCCCUGCCUUGGCAUUCCAUCCACCCCCGGCCACUGCUUCCUAAGAGUGCAAAUUGGCCACAGAAGGUUUCUUCACAUUUUCUGCCCACUUAGAGAGAUCUCAGGCCCCGGACCUCUUCUCUUAUCCAUCUAUACCUUCUCCCUUGGUGAUCUCAUCCACCCGAGAGCUCAUGGCUCCUAAAUUUACCUCUCCAGCCAGCGCUGUCCUCGGAGCUUUAUAUUCAGUCACAGCGACAACACUUUGGCCUAGAAAGCUUCUCAGCACGUAAUGGAGCUCAGACUGUCCCCAGACUGAACAGUUGCCCUGGGGGUACAGAUGCUCACAGGUCAAGUGACGACACCACGGCUGCAAACGGUAGGAAAUGGGGUAUUCCUCCUUAUGACUGGGUUAUGCCUUCUUCUGGAGAUGAUCGCUGACCUACAUUAUUUUCAAUGUGCUGAUUCUCUAUUUAUCACCUUCACCUUUAAAGCAUAGUCAUGUGUGUGUGUGUGUGUGUGUUUUAGGCUUUUUGUUCUUUACAGCCCAGAAUGUGAGUAGUUGUCUAUAAAGUUCAUUAGGCAUUAUGUGAAACUUUUCAGAGAACUUUGUAGUCAUUCUGAUUAAUUUGCAAUUUCCAAGAAGAAUAAAAAAUAUUCCACAGACCAAUAAUUCUGAAACAAGAAAAAAAAAUUUUUUUUUCUCUAAAAUUGAAAUUUUAUGUGACCUAGUUGCAUAAGCUUGCCUUCCUCCCCCCAUCUUAUUUUCUGCCUUUCUAUGACCUGAGGUAUGCGCUAGAGGAAUAAGGUUUGUGGUGAGGCGUUCCCCACACCGCCCAGCACGUGGGCGCAGAAUGAGCGGAGGGACACCGGAGGCGCAGGCCCUAGAGAGUCCGCCUCCGAGCCGCUUCCGUCAGCACCGGGCCGGGGGCUUUAGGCUGGUGCAGAGAAGUCUGAGGAUUCGAGACCUGAGCUUCGCCAGGGACAGCUCUGGGGCCCUUCCUUUGUGCAAUAAGAAGCUACUCCUCUGUCGUGACCAUUAGAAAGUGCGCCUGGAGAGAGGUCACAGUGGGGAUGCCCGCGCCUGGGGCAUCGUGAGGGCCUUGUACCGCUCCGUGCACUCCGGACCACGGCCUUUUGGAGAUUCACGUCUCUCCUGUUCUCCCCACUGUGAGCCAAAGGAGGUGAAAAGUCUGCUGCCUUCUGUUCCAGGCCCAGCCUUUCUGCCCAGAUCGAGCACCAGGAUGAGAGGGGAACCAAUGAAUUCCACCAACAUCUACGAUUCAAAUGAGGACUACUUUGGAUUAGCUAACAGUUCGGAUUACUUACUGGAUGAUGACAGCUUUCUGUGCUCCCUGCAGGAGGUCAGAAGUUUCUCCGGGCUCUUCGUGCCGGUAGCUUACUCCUUGAUAUGCGUCUGUGGUCUCCUGGGCAAUAUUCUGGUGGUUGUCACCUUUGCCUUUUAUAAGAAAGCCAAAUCUAUGACGGACGUUUAUCUCUUGAACAUGGCCGUGGCGGACAUACUCUUUGUCCUCACCCUCCCCUUCUGGGCUGUCAACCACGCCACCGGUGAGUGGAUUUUCAGCAACACCAUCUGCAAACUGACCCGGGGCAUCUACGCCGUCAACUUCAACUGCGGCAUGCUGCUGCUGGCCUGCAUCAGCCUGGACCGCUACAUCGCCAUCGUGCAGGCCACCAAGUCCUUCCGGCUCCGCUCCAGAGCCUUGGCGCACCACAAGCUGAUCUGCUUGGCGGUGUGGGUGGUGUCUGUCCUCAUCUCCAGCUCGACCUUCACGUUCAACCAGAAGUACAAGCUGCAGGGCAGCGACGUGUGCGAGCCCCGGUACCACGCCGUGUCCGAGCCCAUCCGCUGGAAGCUGCUGAUGCUGGGGCUGCAGCUCCUCUUCGGCUUCUUCGUCCCGCUGGUGUUCAUGAUCUUCUGCUACGCGUUCAUCGUCAAGACCUUAGUCCAGGCGCAGAACUCGAAAAGGCACAGGGCCAUCCGCGUCAUCAUCGCGGUGGUCCUCGUGUUUCUGGCCUGCCAGAUCCCGCACAACAUGGUGCUCCUGGUGACCGCCGUGAACCUGGGCCGGACGGACCGCUCGUGCAGCGGCGAGAAGCUGCUGGGCUACGCCAAGAACGUCACCGAGGUGCUGGCCUUCCUGCACUGCUGCCUCAACCCCGUGCUCUACGCCUUCAUCGGCCAGAAGUUUCGGAGCUACUUUCUGAAGAUCAUGAAGGACCUGUGGUGCGUGAGGCGGAAGCAGAAGGCGCCAGGCUUCUCGUGCUCCCGGCUGCACUCGGACACCUUCACCUCCCGGCAGAACAGCGAGACCGCGGACAACGACAACCCGUCCUCCUUCACCAUGUGACGCCCCCCAGGCUCGGCGCAGACAGGAUGGAAAUGCACAGGGCCCGUGGAAAUGAAGCAAAAGCGAGUGGGGUCUUUCCUGCAGGAUCAGGGCCGCGGGUGCCCCGGGUGCCGGGGGGUUCCCACAGGGAGCACCCCCAGCUCACCAGACCGGGGAUGCCCUGCACCCCUGUCCCUGAUGGCUGGCAUUCCACAAAGCAGGCUUUGGGAAGCGCUGGAUGAAAGGGAACUGCUUACAAGCGGGAACACUUUCAGGAAUGUUCGCAAGGAAGCCUUCAACCGCAAUUUCUGGUCAUUGCAAAACAUCCCACGACUUAAAAACAAAAGGAAACAGGAGCAACCAUCAAAAACCCUCACAUAACUCAUUUAGGCAAAAGAUUAAACAUUUUACCAUCCCCAUGGAUACUGUUGGUCAUCAGAGCAGCAAAACAGGCUGGCUUGAGCUUUUUCUCAUUUCCUUGUGAUGCACUCAACUUGCAUGAGAUUGUAAAAGGGCAGAAGAAAAAACAAGCUCCGAGACCAAAGAGGUGGCUGCGUAAGUGCUGGUGAUGCGGGGCCCCAGGGGUCAGGCAGCUGUGGUCGUCACGGACGCCAGGAAGUACAGUGUGCUGUAUUUCUCUCCACGAUGGCCAUUCUCUAAAAAUCAGACGAAGGUGCUUAAUAAACACUUGUUUAACAAAACAUAAUAAAAUUGGGGCUUCUAGGACAGGCAAGAGUGCAAGUUGCUCAGUUGUGUCCGACUCUUUGUGACCCCAUGGACUACGCAGUCCAUGGAAUUCUCCAGGCCAGAAUACUGGAGUGCGUAGCCUUUCCCUUCUCCAGGGGAUCUUCCCGACCCAGGAAUUGAACUGGGGUCUCUUGCAUUGCAGGCGGAUUCUUUACCAACUGAGCUACCAGGCAAACUCCAGUUUGAGUUAGUUGUUUAAAUUUUUUUAAAAAUUAGUUUUAAAAAAUUAAAUUGUUUAGAAUACUUAAAAAAAAAAAAAAAAAGAAACCAGGAAACUACUGAGACAAUAAUGAAAGGGGUUUUGUUCCUUUCCAUUGCGGUGUUAGAGAGAGACGUGUGGAGUCUGGUCGUGACGAGCUUCAAAUUAGCUGGCAGAGAACUAGGGUCAUGUAGGUUUCUGCUGCUGUGAAGUGUUACCUGAAGUCUGAAGUUAACUGCAAAAUCAGAUUUUAACAACUCUCUCUGACUUCAUAGAAAGUUCAUAGGACUCAAAUUUUGAAAGUGUUUUAAUAUUUUGGCCACCUGAUGGAAAGAGCCGACUCAUUGGAAAAGACCAUGAUGCUGGGAGAGACUGAAGGCAGGAGGAGAAGGGGGUGACAGAGGAUGAGAUGGUUGGAUGGCAUCACCGACUCGAUGGGCAUGAGUUUGAGCAAGCUCCGGGAGUUGGUGAUGGACAGGGAGGCCUGGUGUGCUGCAGUCCAUGGGGUUGCAAAGAGUCGGACACUACUGAGUGACUGAACACCACCACCGCCAACAAAGUGGGAAAGUAUCAACACAUCUUAUGGAAACACAAAUGCGGGAAUCUGUGGUGGUCCAGUGGUUAGCACUGUUUUCACUGCUGAGAACCUUGGUUUGAUCCCUGAUAGGGGAACCAAGAUUCCCCAAGCUGCAUGGCCAAAAAUAAACAACCUCCCUGCCCCACCCCCCCAUAAAUGUGUAUUAGAAAGGUCCUGACAUGAACUGCAAAGAUACUGACAUGGUUAAUGCUGACCAGCAUGUUAUUUGAAACUUCCUCCUGUUCUUGCAAGCCUCAGCUGUGUCUCUAUAUGCCAUUCAAUGGGAUUUCUUAAGAUCCAAAGUCUGUAUUUUUAAAACAUGGAUUUCACUUUGCAAAAUAAAACUGUUCUGUGGGUGAAGUAGGAAUCGUCUUCCAGUCUCAGGGUUCUGACGGGAGACCCAGGUGUUCAGCAGUCCCAUGUCUUUCAAAUCUGUUACCAUGUGACUCUAGAAAUCAAAGCAGAGGAGGUGUCACUCAGAUGCCUCUUUCAGUCUGACCUGAGCCCUGAUGACAUCUGGGGAAGUGUGUUUCUAAACCCGCACAGAAGCUUCUCACAGCCCCUCUGCACCUGGCCCCCGAGGGGUGAAGCCUGCCUCUUUACGCAAUAACUCUUCUCAGAUUUCAGCCAUAAAGAAUAAAGAUGUUUUGCAAACUUGCUAUGUACUUUGUUUCAUUAAACAAAUGGGAUCCUUUUUCU